AUGAUUUAUUCCUCGAGUUAAAUGCCGCGCGACUGCGGUGAACAUCUGCUUAUCUCCUCGGCAAUUGCCAUUUCAAGCUCGCUUUUUUAUUCCCAUCGUUUCCUUCUUUUCUUCAUCUUUUUCCCUCCAUGGCUUUCAUAUUCCGCCUAAAUCUCAUGGCAGGUUUGCCGGGUAAAGUUUUAAUUUUUCUGCUACCUUCUGUCCUGCUUGUAUGGAAGGCGGGAGCCGGGGAAUUGGAAAUUGAUGAGCUUCGUAUCGGAGGGGUGCUCCAGGUCUCCGGGCCGCCGCGGCGGGCAGGGGAGGCGAACGGGAGCAGUAGCUGGCUGCCGAAGGGUAAAGAAGAGGAUUGGAAGGAGGAGAUUCUGCGGCUGGCGAGGAUGCCGGAGGCGGUGGAGUGGGUGAAGGGGUUGAGGCGGAGGAUCCACGAACACCCGGAGCUGGCUUACGAGGAGGUGGAAACGGGGAAGCUGAUCAAGCAGGAGCUUGAUAGCCUGGGAAUCGAGUAUCGCUUCCCAUUGGCGAGGACGGGGAUCUUGGCCACGAUUGGAACUGGAGGUCCCCCGGUUGUGGCGCUGAGGGCUGAUAUGGAUGCUCUUCCGAUUCAGGAAGCUGUAGAAUGGAAGCACAAAAGCAAAGUUCCAGGUAAAAUGCAUGCUUGUGGGCAUGAUGCACAUGUGGCAAUGCUUAUUGGUGCUGCCAAAAUUUUGAAGGCUCGUGAAGAUCACUUGAAGGGCACUGUGAAGCUGCUCUUUCAGCCAGCAGAGGAAGCAGGAAUAGGUGCGAGGAAAAUGAUUGAAGAAGGCGCACUCGAGGAUGUGGAGGCUAUAUUUGCUGCUCAUGUAUCUCAUCAACAUCCUACUUCUGUCAUUGGAUCCAAUGUUGGUCCUUUACUUGCUGGUUGCGGUUUCUUCAAAGCAGAGAUAAGGGGUGGGCAAAGUUCACCGGAAAAUCCUCACAAUUCAAUCGACCCCAUUGUAGCUGCCGCAGCUGCAGUAAUCAGUUUGCAGAAUAUUGUGUCCCGGGAAUCUAAUCCUCUAGAUUCACAGGUAGUUUCAGUGGCAGCAGUUAAUGGAGGAAACAAUCUCGACAUGGUACCUGAAAUUGUCAUCCUUGGUGGAACUUUCAGAGCUUUCUCAAAUGCUACCUUUCAUAAGCUCCGAGAAAGAAUAGAGGAGGUUAUUAUGAUGCAGUCUAACGUCUACAGAUGCACGGCCUCAGUGAACUUCUUUGAGAAAGAACGAUUCUACCCUCCCAUGGUUAACGAUGUGACAAUGUACGAACAUGUAAAGAAUGUGGCCAUUGGGUUAUUGGGUUCGAAGAACUAUAGGCUGGUUCCUCAAGUAAUGGGUGCAGAAGACUUCUCCUUUUACUCUGAGAUUAUUCCUGCUGCUUUCUAUUACAUUGGUGUGAGGAACGAAUCUCUGGGUUCAAUUCAUACAGUUCAUUCUCCCCACUUUAUGAUUGAUGAAGAUGUUCUACCUGUUGGUGCCGCCUUCCAUGCUGCCAUUGCUGAAAGAUAUCUAUCUGGACUUGGUUAGUUAGAGAACCAUUCUUCUAUAUUUGAUCGUGUUCAUGAUCAUUUUAGAGCGAGCUGCUCUCCAUAGUUUUUGCCAUAUGUAUAUAAAUGAUUCUUUCUUGAACUGGAGGAGGGGCAGAAAUUUCCGAGCAAUGAACAGUUUUUUGUACAGGGCGGUUAUUGCAGAUCAUUGAAGCCAGCAGCGCAAAUUUAUAGCAUUAUUACUCCUUCUACGC